AUGGGGCUUCCAUUUCGAAGUCUCACGAUGCUUGUUCUACUAAUUUGGUUUCUCCGGUGGCCAAUUAUUGAAGCUCAAACACCUGCUAGAUCUCUCGAUGCUAUCCUCCAGGACUACGCUUAUCGUGCAUUUGUUCGACCACGAACUGGCAUUCCCUACGACGGAUUCCCCCCUUCAAAUCUCUCCGGCAUUCAAAUAUCAGCAAUCAGGCUUCGAAGUGGUAGCUUAUACACUAGAGGCGUUGAAUCAUAUAAAGAGUUCACAAUCCCAAUCGGAGUUAUAUCACAACCAUACGUGGAAAGGUUAGUCUUCGUCUACCAAAACCUCGGAAACUGGUCCACCAUAUACUACCCUUUACCUGGCUACAUCUAUCUAUCUCCUAUCCUGGGUCUUCUCGCCUACGACGCCUCAAAUUUAUCAGCCAAAAACCUACCGGAGUUAGCCAUUCAUGCCUCCGAGGAACCCAUUUCAAUCAAUUUUCCACAACCAAAACCGGUUCCCAAUGGUUCAAUCGCAGAAUGUGUUCACUUCGAUCUAAACGGUAAUAUAAAUUUCACAAAUUUGGUAUCAAGAACAAUAUGUGAAACAUUCGAACAAGGGCAUUUCUCCAUUGUAGUCAAAUCCUCCAUCGCCCCUUCACCAGCUCCGAAGAAAAUGAAUAAAAUGGAAAAGGCGGCGGAUUCCGGCGAAGCGUUGCAGAUGACGGUGGUCGGAAACACGAAAGCUCCGGCAGCCACCACGACAAGAACACAACCGACCCUGGAAACCGAAUAUGUCCCGUGUUUAGGCAAGAGUGAUGAUUCUAUUCAUGGUAAAUUUUGUGAACCAUUGUUAAAGAAAUAA